AUGGUACUUGGACUUGCGUGUACCGUCCUAUUCUUUCCCACCAUAGUGCUUGGUACUGUACCAACAGUUACCCUGGGCCCACCUUCCAACUAUGCGGUAGCGCCAGCAGAGACGGCGGUUCCGACUGGCAGUGAACUAGUCAUAACUCCAACAGACCUCAGGAAAGGUGUUACAGCUCAGGGUGUCGAUGUCUUUCUGGGACCUGGUCUCCGCGAUGCACUGGCCGGACCUCUGGCGGGUACCUGUGCCAAGACAUUUGACAAGGGCUGUGUAGAUGCAUUGGCAGAGAAGGUCAACAUACGCCAGGCAUUGGUGUCUCGAUCUCCUGGCUUUGCCAUCGCAGUCCUUUCGUCUGCCAUCCCUGCUCUAAUUGCUCUGUUGGUACAGCAGCGACUGGAGCAAAGUAAAGGCCAGCAGACGUUGGACACUCAUUACCACAUCCCUGCUUCGAACGUGUCGCAGCUGCAAUCACAGACAGCAACCUCAAUAGUUUUCGAGACUUCCCCCGGCGCAUUGAUCACAGUAACACCUACCACUGUUCCGACACCAGCGCCAACACCGGCCACUGUAACGACUCUAGCUGCUGAUGCACAGGGACACCACAAAGAGGACCUGCUGCUGUCGCUGCCACCUCAAGCUGCUGACCUCUUGAAGCAGCUUAUCAACCAGAGCGGCCAGUGCUCAAGUGCUGGUCGCAGGGGCCGCCUGCGUCUCCGUGGCAAAGGGCCCGAUCUGUACCUUUUUACCAAUGUCGCGAUCUGGGUUCUGCCCAAUGCAGCGCCACAUCAGUUGCUGAACGGAUUUGAUCUUCAAGGGAUCCCACAGCAGCUCGUUCACUAUCGAGAUGCUGCGAUUCAGGAAGCUCUGGAGUCUGUGCAGGCCGCUGCCACUAAAGUUCCGGAGUUCGCUGGUGCCGCUAUUGAGAUCACCAAGACAGUGGCCAGCUAUGUAUUUGCUGCAGCUUAUGGCAUCUGUAUCGACCACGUUGCCGAGCUUGAGCAGCUUGCUAUAGAUAACUCGCUUGUGUCAGAAGACCCAGGGAGCGAGGAUGAGUAUAACGAUGAGAAAUGUGCUACGGACAUCGCGGAUGCUUCCCUUUGCAUCGAUGUAGAUUGUCAAGGCUUGCAUGGCUCCUGCCAGCAGUUGAGCGUACUGCGAUGGAGUAUUCCACGAGACGUUGCUGACGUUGAGCAGGAAGCCACGAAAGGCUGUACAUGCUUGGAGAAGGCGCAAGUCUUCUCACAGAAAGGCACUAGACAAGACUGGGACACUGCUCAGAAGAUCAUCAAAUCAUUGAUCACAGGGAGCUUUGAUCGCACUGAACAAGGACAGCCUGGGGAGCUUAGAUGUGCUACAGACAAGCGAGUGAAUUUAGAGAGCGCUGACUUCAAGAAGCUCAACACUGCUUUCUGCAAGAAUGUGAAUCUUUCGAAAGAAGCGGGCAGCGCAAUCACACCAACCGAAGCUGGUACCCGUGGUCCAUACCCUGGGUACCAGUUCACCUUCGAGUGGAAACCAAAGGCUACCAGUUGCACGACUUCAUGCGAUGACAUUUUCGGAGCUUUCCUUGGCUCUACGACAUGUAGCUAUGACAGCCACACGUUCGCGGCAUCCGGCUCUCGGGACCUUGCCUGCGGCACAGCCUCCUUCCGCUUCAACGAUGGAAAGACCGAUUCAACAGAUGACCUGACAUGUCGACAGUAUACGGACAUGGGUAAUCCAAAUCACUAUGACUCGCUCGAGACGAUGAACCAGGCUGCCGAUGCGUUCUGCCAGCAACAAGCUGACCGGAAGACCAAGUUCGAGCCUAGCAAGGUCGCACCGAACACAUACUGGCACUACAACGACAACCGCAACGACCCAGUGUACGUAAUGGCGGGAUGGAACGACGCUCUGAAAUGCGAUGCCUUCGAUUUCUCCUCGUCGUCAGGCAUUGAAACUUGCAAAGAUCGUCUGAAAUUCAUUGUCAACACAUGUGAUACCUCCAAUCCCAACGGCUUGCACUACUGGAAAUCAGGAGGCCAGUACCAGCGUGAUCGUAUCAUGUGGUAUAUCUUCCGUGAUACCUUCGACAACCGACCGGCGAAUGACAGACCGACAUCUCAAGAUGACUGGCGGCCGAAGUCGUGA